AUGUCGUCGAGACAAUUAUUGAGUGAUGAAAGUAUUGCACGCCUAUUGUUGGAGGAAGAAGAGAAUAACAGUCCUUCGGAAAACUUAUCAGAUAGCGAAACGGAAGAUAAUGUGGAAGUGGAUGAUGUCGAAAGUGAUUAUCAGCCAGUAAGAUCUGACUCCUCCAGUUCCAGUGACGAAGACAUCCAGGUACCUCUUUCUCAAGCUGAAGAAGAUAAUGGAUUAGUACAGAAUACACCCUCAAUUCCAUCACAACAAUCAUCUUGUAUUUUGACCUUUUCCCAAAGCUCUUUGCGCAGUCGGGCGCGUCAUGUUUGGGCGACCACCAAAGGACGGACUUCUGGCAGAACCGCUGCCAUAAAUAUUGUACAUGUCGCUAGAGGACCAGCUCGCGAAUUGAAGGCUAUAGUGGAUCCACUAGAGCUAUUUGAACAUUUUAUGACUGACCGGAUGCUUGAAGAAAUCGUGAAGUGGACAAAUGCGGAAAUUCGUAUAAAGAAACAAAAUUAUGAGAAAUAUACAUCAACGCAAAAUGAUACGAGCAAAGAAGAGAUCAGAGCUCUUUUAGGUGUGAUGGUAUUAACCGCGGCUCUGAAAGAUAAUCAUCUCACCCUUGAUGAAUUGUUCAACACUGAAUAUUCUGGUACGAGGUAUUUAGCCUGCAUGAGCAAGGAGAGGUGCGAUUUCCUUCUGAGAUGUUUACGCUUUGAUGACAAAGCAUUUCGACUACAACUGCUGAAAGAAGAUCCUUUUACACCAAUAAGGAAUAUAUGGGAAAUGCUAAUGACACAAUGCAGACAAAAUUACGUUCCUGGGACAAAUGUUACGGUUGAUGAGCAACUGUUGGCAUUCCGCGGAAGGUGUAAAUUCCGUAUGUAUAUCCCUAAUAAACCGGCCAAAUACGGAAUUAAGUUGGAGAUGAUGUGUGACAGUGGCACAAGAUAUAUGAUCAACAGUAUACCAUAUCUAGGUAAAAGUACUAAUACCGGUGGUUUACCUUUGGGAGAGUAUUUCGUGAAGGAACUCACUCACAGUAUACACGGCUCGAACAGAAACGUUACCAUGGAUAACUGGUUUACUUCAGUACCUCUGGCGAAAAAACUACUUCAGCAGCCUCAUAAAUUGACACUUGUGGGCACAUUGCGGGCUAAUAAUAGGGGUUAA